UCUGGGGAUGGAUUGGGCACUGUUUCGCCUGUAGGGUCAGGGCUUGAAAAGGGGGAGAGCACGGUUCUCCCGACUAACCAAACGGGGGUUGCAGAGGUCGACCUCACAGGGGUGCUCAAGGCAAAACCGAGGGAACUAAAGACUAACCUCUCUGACAUCACCGCUCGCGACCAAAAUGGAACGUGCCACCCCGUACCCUCUGAUUGGCCAAUCUGCACGUCCGGCAGAUCAAAGCAUCAUUUCUCGCUGCCCAACUUCCUUAACCACACCACUGUGGAGGAGGUGGGGGCCGUCCUGAGGGAGUGGGCGUGGCUGCCCGAGGCGGGGUGCCACCACGGCGCUGAAUGGUUCCUCUGCCUCCUCUUGGUGCCCAGGUGCCCUCCACCUGGCAAGAUGCCCGCCAAGGCGCCCCUCCUGCCCUGCUGCAGCUUCUGCCAUGUCCUGCAAGACAGCUGCUGGACAGCCCUGGAUGACGGGCGACUCCCCGUAGAGUGUCAUUUCCUGCCCGACCUCGAUCAGGAGGCGGGGUUGCAGUGUCCGCCGUGCGUGUCAGUUAGUAAUGCGAAAGUGCCUGGAGUGACUCUACUGCAACUCAUCGGAGACCUACCUCCUGACGACUCCCGGAGCGGUCCGGGAGGGAAACCCGUGUACUACUUCGGAGGGGCGGACGGUGCUCAGGCAGCUGGCCAGCUGGCCCUGGCCCACCUGCCCAGCCCUUUCUACAGAGACUUCUCCCUGGUCUUCCACAUCAUGCCUACAAGCCCCGGGGUCCUCUUUUCCAUCACAGACGCCUCCCAGAAGUUCAUGUAUGUGGGGGUGAAGCUGAGCCCCCCCGACGCUAACGGCAGAGAUCAGAAGGUGUUGUUCUAUUACACGGAGCCCGAAUCGGAAGCCUCGUCCCUGGCCGCUACCUUUACCGUGCCCGCCCUGGACCAAGUGUCCUGGACCAGGUUCUCUCUGUCGGUGUCGGAUGACAAGGUGACAUUGUUUAUGGGGUGCGACACCUCGGGGAAGACGGUGAAGUUCGAGCGCUCGCCGGACGACAUGGAACUGGACAGGGGAGCGGGGAUCUUUGUGGGUCAGGCGGGAGCUGCGGACACUGACAGGUUUGAGGGAGCGAUCGCUGAACUGAAAGUGCUGGGCAACCCUCAAGCAGCUGAGCUACUCUGUGAAGAUGAAGAUGACUCUGAGGGUGUAUCAGGAUCUUUUAGUGGGGAUGGAGACAGAAUGGAGACAGGCCAAACUGUAAAGACCACCGCUCCGUCUUUCCGACCAAUGCCAGAGCCCCCACUGAGCCCCUCACUGAGCGACAGGCUGUCACAGACAGUAGCUGAAAGGAACCGUCUAACCUUAAAAGAGUCACAAUUACAAGGUCAACAAGGCCCUGCUGGUUCUAAAGGGGAGAAGGGGGACCGUGGGGAAAAGGGCAGCUUAGGAGACAGGGGCCCCACCGGGCCAAAGGGGGACGCUGGGUCUAGCUCCAGCUCUGGUUCCUCAUCAGGUGGAGGAGAACGUGGAGAAAAGGGAGACAAAGGCUUGAAGGGCAGUUCUGGGUUCGGUUACCCAGGCUCCAAAGGGGAUCGUGGUGUGCCUGGUCCCCCCGGUCCACCUGGCCCUCAGGGCCCCGCUGCUCAGGUGGUGAGACUAGGGGACGGCUCUGUGGUGCAGCAGGUGGCAGGCCCAGUUGGACCGAGGGGCCCGCCUGGGGUCCAAGGCCCAUCAGGUCCCCCGGGGCCAGAGGGAGAGGCGGGGGAUCCAGGAGAGGAUGGCAAAGAAGGACCCCCUGGACCCAGAGGUUUCCCAGGAACACCAGGAAUCACAGGACUCAAAGGACAGAAGGGGCACAAGGGCGAUGGUCAUCCUGGACCCAGGGGACUCCCAGGGCUACCUGGACCCCCAGGGCCAGGGUCAGGUGACCACCCGACCUUUUGGGAUAUGGAAGGCUCAGGAGGGUUCCCAGAUAUCGAGAAAAUGCGGACUCUUCAAGGUCCACCUGGCCUCCCUGGGAAACCAGGUCCCCCUGGCCCCCCAGGCCCCCCAGUCAUGAAUGUUGGGAGCAAUGCAACAGGCUCCUUCGGGGCCCCUGGACUUCCCGGAAAGGAUGGGAGCCCGGGCCUACCAGGCCCUCCCGGUCCACCUGGCAAACCCGGACCUCCAGGACCCAGCAGCGUAGUGAAGGGAAAAGCUGGAGAACUAGGUCUUCCAGGUCCCAGUGGAGAGAAGCAAGACACUUCGUCUGCCUUCUCGUCCUUCUCCAGCUAUUUCACCCGCUUGUUUAGUUCAGAGGGUGAUGGGUCACAGGGUUCCCAAGGAGAAAACGGAUUGCCUGGUCAGGAAGGGCAGGUGGGCUUGGCCGGGCUCCCUGGGCCUAUUGGACCUGUCGGGCCCCCAGGACCCCCGGGACCCCCUGGACCUCCAUACCCUGUCCGUUAUCGUGACGAGGAUGGUACCAAUGUUCCUGAGGUUUUAGGCAUUCCAGGACCAGAGGGACCACCUGGAAACCCUGGCCUUCCAGGGAAGGCCGGAUUCCCUGGCAUUCCAGGAGAGAAGGGUAGCGAGGGGCCGAGAGGACGGGACGGAAUACCAGGAAUGGAUGGAUUCCCAGGAAAAUGGGGAGAAAAAGGAGAGAGAGGAGACAAGGGGGAGAGGGGUCUUCCAGGACGUGAAGGGGGACCCCCUGGACCUCCAGGACCCCCUGGCCCACCAGGACAGAUAUAUCAGACCUCAGACAGCUAUAUUGGAGUUUAUGGGGGUCACGAGCAGAGAGGACCAGGUUUUCCCGGCCCACCAGGACUCCCAGGGCCUAUGGGGCCAAAGGGAGACAAUGGAGCGCCCGGACUGCCCGGCUAUGGAGCUAAGGGGGAGAAAGGAGAACCUGUUACUAUUCUGGGACCUGAUGGCAGACCAAUGUUCCUGGGAGGCCUGCGGGGUCAGCCGGGAGAGCGAGGACUGCCUGGACCUGAGGGCCCUGCUGGUCCGGCUGGUCCUGCUGGCAUGAAAGGAGAUAUUGGCAUGCCAGGUAGACCGGGUCGUCCUGGGUUGAAUGGUGUCAAAGGAGACAGUGGAGGACAUGGAUACCCAGGUGCUCCCGGACCACCUGGCCCACCUGGACCCCCAGGGCAGUUAGUACCUCGGGACAGGUUCAGUACUCCGAGGUAUGACGAUAUCUCGCAGUCAUAUCCUCAAUCCAAAGGAGAGAAAGGUGAUCGUGGAGUACCAGGAAUACCUGGCCAACCAGGUCUCACCACAAACUUUGACAUCUACGCCUUUAAGAAUGAAAUGAAGGGAGAGAAAGGAGACUUUGGGACGAAGGGAGAGAAGGGCGAGCCAGCAGAAGGGGGUUAUUAUGGAGGAGGCUACAGUGGACUGGGGGGUCAACCUGGCCCUCCAGGACCUCCAGGGCCAAAAGGAGACUCCAUCAUUGGUCCUCCGGGGCCCCAGGGUCCGCCAGGUAACCCAGGAAGAGGAUAUGAAGGCAGACAGGGGGAGCCAGGUCCGCCGGGGGCUCCGGGUCCUCCAGGACCGUCCUCCUUACCUGGGGCUUACAGGCCAUCACAGACCAUCACCAUCCCGGGACCUCCAGGCCCUCCGGGUCCUCCUGGGGCCAAUGGACUCUCCUCCGGGGUGAUGAUGCUGAGGUCCUACGAUACGAUGACAGCCACUGCCAGGCGACAGGCUGAGGGGACUCUGGUAUAUCUGCUGGACCAAGCAGACCUCUACAUGCGAGUACGAGACGGAUUCCGGCAAAUCCAGCUUGGACCAUACAUAGCUUUACCACCUGACCAGGGUAACGCGGUGGCAGCGGUUGACCCUCCCCGGGUGGUCUACCAUCAGCCGGAGGAACACUCCCCCCACCCAGACCCCCGUCAGCCCCAGCCCGAGGGACAGCACCCCGUGUACCCCGACCCGCAUUACCCGACACACCCCGACCCGCGGUACCCAACACACCCCGACCCGCGGUACCCCAGUUAUACGGACCGCUUCCCCGGGCCUGACCCCGUUAGGCCAGUUUACCCGGACACCCGUUACCCUGUCACCCCACCACACAGACCAAGCCCCCCUCUGACCCACACCCACCGACACACGGUGGGACCCAGCAUUCACCUGAUCGCCCUGAACACCCCUCACGGGGGUAACAUGCGGGGUAUCAGGGGGGCAGACCUCCUGUGCUUCAACCAGGCUCGGGCCAUAGGGCUGAAGGGAACCUUCAGGGCUUUCCUGUCCUCCAAGCUCCAGGACCUUCACAGCAUCGUCCGCAAGUCAGACAGGGGCAGCGUGCCCAUUGUCAACUUGAAGGAUGAGGUCCUGUUUGACAGUUGGGAGGCCGUCUUCAGUGAAGUCAGAGUGAAGGACAACAUCUCAAUCUACUCCUUCGAAGGAAAAGACAUCCUCACAGACAGUACAUGGCCAGAUAAAAUGAUAUGGCACGGUUCCACCAGCAGGGGGCAGCAACAGGUGGACAACUACUGUGAGGCGUGGCGAGUAGGAGAGCGUGCUUUAACAGGCAUGGCCUCCUCUCUUCAAGAUGGCCAGCUCCUCCAACAGAGCGCCAGCAGCUGCCAGAACUCCUACGCCGUACUCUGCAUCGAGAACAGCUACUUCGGACAGGCCAAGAGAUAGGACUGGCUAACCACACACUAACACACCUCACCCAGCUCAAGAGAUGGGCUUGAUGAGGGAAACGUACUACUUCAAAAGAUAGGCCAUACGACACACACACACACACACUAUGGUGACGUUACUUUCGCAAGCCAAUGUCAACCGACUUCACACAAAGACUGGAAGUUACGGCCUACAAAACUCAAUCUUAUAUUUGUCAAAUGCACCGAUUAACACGCGUCACUCUGAACUGUGCCAUUCUUGUGACAUGGCACGUGACCUUUACACAGUAAGAAUUAAAAAGAUAUAAAGCAAAAAUACACAUGAAAAUGAAAACUGGCAGCAAUUCCAAAGAGUGCAGAAAUGGGGAAUAUGGGCAGAGAUAUUAAAUAUUACAAAUAUAAAUAUCAGUUUAAACAAAAGAUAAUUCAAAUAAAAUGUGUAAAUCCAAUCCAGAUUUAGUCAUAUCUAACAUUCUAGAAACAAAUUAGAGUUGUUAGGGAUCCAAAGGGAAAAACAGAUAACGCGCUCUCUAUGGUGCUUUGUAUAUAACAGCCAGAGAACAUCAGUCUUAUCCAGUACACUGGCCAGCUGGCGAUCCACAUUAUCCAUUUCAAAAUACUUGACGGAAUUUGUCAAGAGCUACAACCAGGCUAAAAAAAUAAGACCCCUAAGCUCCAAUCCACCCUCCACCACCCCCCCCUCCAUCCGUCCACCCUGAUCCCAGCUGGCCAAACAGGCCCCCUCCCUACCACCUCCACAUCCAACACUGCAGCAGACAAGCAGGCUAUGUGGCAUUCAGCGUCUUGAUUCCCCUUUUAUUUCCAGUCCAAUGCUACAGUGUGGAUAUCAGAUCAAGUCGUUUGACGUGAAAACAGGUGUUCAGUAGGUGUUAGAGGUCAGACUAAAAGAGGUUUUAUACUAGAGUUUGUUUCACUUAGUCAGUUGGGGUCUUACCCUCGAGCAAAAUGCCUGGCCUUUCCAGUAUGCCAUUAAACCACUCACUGAGACAGGGCAUUCAUUCUAUGUCCUCAAAGAUUUCAAGCUAAUUGUCGCAUGGUUAUGUACAUGAAAUGUAUUUGUUUAUUAUCCAAUGUUGUAAUUUUUUUAUUCACUUAAGUUUUAUUCUGUACAUUUAACCAGUUUUUUAAGCACUAACAUUGUCUUAAAGGUUGUACUGUUUUAUUUUGCGAUUGGACAUCAAGGGAAAACCAUAUCAAAAUGUUUUGAGGAUAGAAGCAGGCCUAUUUAUUUUGUGAUUAACACACUUUUCAGUAAAGGACUCCAGGGAUCUGUUCAGAUCGAUGUCACCUAGUGUUAAAGGAACAGUUUGGGCCAAGAAUCAGGACAUUAUGUAUUGAAAAUGAAAUGACAAUGCAAAACACACAACUAUCAUUUUUGCAUUGCAGAUACCUCCGAGGUGUUCUAAAACGUGUUGUCUGUUCAACAGUACGUUCGGAUGACAAGAAGCAUUUUUUUACAGAAGGUCAAACGCUGAGACCAAAAUCCAAAGACCAAAGCAUUAUUGCAUCUGUCAGAAUAAACAUGUAGUGUGUAUGAACCUAAGGUAUUUCCUUAGAUGACAUGUACUGCGCCGUUUCUCUCAUUGUCACCAAAAUAUUUUGCAAAUUAAAAACAAAUGCCACGCAA